AUCUGGAGUGACGAGCCUCGUUUUAGUUUCCAUUUAUAAAGAGCGCCUGUCACCUUAACAUUUGACAGUCGCAAGGGCACACACUAGGAUAUACGUAUCAAAUGGGAUAGGAAUCGCAAUAGCCGAUCAUUGAUCUACAUUGGGCUACUGGACGUAUUAUACCUAUACAAACUACCAAAGAUACAGAGCACUACGCACAUAGUGGAUAUGAGCCAAGACGCCAUAUUUGACAUUGAAAUGGACCAAAUUGUUCCGUCGUUUAGUGACGAAUUCCUGUACUCCACCAUUGACACGUACCAACUGCGUUGUCAGGAAAACAUGUUUUCUCAACAGCCAAUCAAAGAGGCCGUAUUUCCAAAGUCUCCUCCCACCUACAACGAAUCCCUAGAUCAUCUUAACGCUCAUGCACAUCAGCCGUCGCCCAGCAGUGCCACUUCCGGUAGCCCAAUGUACCAUUCCUUGGAUGAUGUCUGGGAAUGCAUCAACGCAGUGGAACGUUCUGAUCAUGUCCUACGGAAAGUUCCGAGUCUUGACGAUCAAUCGCCGAUGCAGUCGCCAAAACUUCAGCGUGCCGUGAAAUCGGAGACGCGAUCCACCACGAACAGAGACACGUGCGCAGAGAAACUAAGAGAAAUGGCUUCAUUUGUCCUGGCUGGAACGGGACAAGUUCAGCUGUGGCAGUUCCUUCUUGAGCUCUUGACGAAUAGCGACAACGACUACUGCAUCAGGUGGGAGAGCUCCGACGGCGAGUUCAGGAUGGUCGACCCAGAGGAGGUGGCCAGGAAGUGGGGAGGGAGAAAGAACAAAGACACGAUGACGUACGACAAACUGAGCCGGGCCAUGCGGUUCUACUACGACAAGCUGAUACUGACCAAGGUCCACGGCAAACGAUACACGUACAAGUUCCAUUUCGACAUAAUCAUGAGGAAUCAGAAGGCUUCUUCGGCUACUCCGUUGAAGGACAGCCAGGAACGAGUAGCUUUGGCUAACAUGUUUGUUCCUUCGCCAGCUUCUUCUGAAUCGAGUUGUUCUGUUCCUUCGCCGCCUAGAUCUAACAGUAGGUCCAUUCCGUCGCCGGUUAGUGCCGAAGUGUACCCAUCGACACAGUCUCCAUCUGUACGUGACGUCAAAAACGGCAGGUGCAUUUCUGGAUCGAAUGGCCUAAUACGUCAAGCUUUGUCUCAUGACGGCAUGAACAAUGCCGUGAUGUAUCAGUCAAUGCCGUCAUAUUGCUAUGACGUCACGACAGAUAACUCGCCUUCUGGGCAACUUGAUCUCAUCUGCGAAACAAUAAAGUCAUUGUCGCAUGACGUCCCAGUCAACCACGGGGGUUCUAUGUACCAAUCAGCAGCCUCUUCUUCUCCACGUGAUGCCACGAUGAAAUUUGAUCAUUCCGCACAACAUGACGUCAUUUGCCAAUCAUCGCUGUCCUCGUCGAUUCCUGUCAGCUUGCAAUGCAGCACGCACACAACAGCCUACGCCACGCCGAUAGGAUCCGAAUACAGCAGUCUAGACUCGACGCCAUCUUGUCUGCAGGCCAGCCAAGAAUCGGUCGUCGAGUCCUGGCUCAUCCAGAGUUCAAGAAGCUUUGCCGAAUCCAGUCUAUCAUCUGCCUUUGGCGCCUAUCAGUAUACUCAGGAAGCCCCGCCGCCAUACUGCCAAAAUUCUCAGUACGAGAACAAUUACUUGUCGGAACUGGACUUUGAAGAAUUUGAUGUCUACUGAUUCACUCUUGCGAAUCCAGUCUGACUGGAGGUGUUUUUUUGUUUUUUGUUUUUUUGUUUUUUUAAUCUGAUCAUUAGUUUGAGAGAUGAUAAUUCAGAGAACAUGUGGACAAUCAAAUAUGAUUGGAUUUUGUUGUUUCUUUAUUUGCUGGCUUUCCUGUUAGCUGUUGUUUCCGUAAACCAGUCAGACCACGUGUCUGAAUUGUCAAAACAUCUGAAUUAUCAAAGGAGUGACAUUGAAGUUAUGACAGGACUCACCUACGGCAAGAAAACCAUUUGUGUUUUAGUGCCCCCUUCACUGAUUUAUGAACUAAACUCGCCUCCGUAAGGAAAUGACACGUUGUGUAACUGUUUUCUAAAAAUAGACUGCAGUAAUGGAAGUUUGACAUGAUUGUGUGCAUAUUGUGUGUUUUUUUAUACGUCAACGUUUAUAUUUGCAUUCAACAAAGAUGUGUUAUAUCCAAAGUUAUAUGUCAAAUGUGUAAUAUAAUUAUACAAUUUAAGGGUAUUUUCCUCUUGUCCUUGCAGAAAAAACCCACCAAUGGGCAUAAAUCCAUUAACUUAAUUCAUAUUAGUAUUGGAGAGGUAACAUUGGCAAUUAAUAUAUUUUCAUGGACAUCGAUAUUCCUAAUGGUAGUUUCCACCCACCAACUAAUGAUAACUGUAGUAAUAAAAAUGGUUAUAGUAAUAAAUAAACAAAUUAAUUAAUUAAUUAAUGAUAAUAAUAACAAUAAUAACAACAACAACAACAACAACAAACACAACAACA